AUGGCUCACCCCAAACUGGAUGGGAGGGCAAAUGAUUUUGGGAACAAGAAACAGAUUCUCAGACUCAACCAGGGCUGCCGAAGUGUGGAAAUGACGUCACUAAUACGGCUUAUCUUGUCCCACAUUGUGAUUAGAUGUGGAGUGUGGAAUCCACACACGACAGGCCCAUUGGCCAUGUCCGGUGCUGCACCCAGAGACGCGAUUGCAGUUGGCCAUUGCCUUCAAUACGUGUCUUCACACUAUGCGAUUGUUUUCCUGCGUAUAAGUGCGACAGCAGUAGACUUCCACAGUUCCACUGCUUCUGGUGAUCGGGUGCAUUGGGGUGUCAUCGCCCGCCCGUCCCGGGACGGGCUGGCCCGGGCCCGUUCCCGGGGCCCUCCCUACGCCCGUCCCGGGACGCCUGUCGGGCCGCGCCCAGCCACCCGUCCCGGGACGCCAUGGCGGGCCGUCGCCCGCCCGUCCCGGGACCGGGGCUGCCCUGGCCCGGGCGUCGCCUCCCGCCCGUCCGGGACGCCUGGCGGGGGGCCGUCGCCGGCCCGUACCCCCCCCCCCGGGGGCCGUCCGGCGGGCCGUCGCCCGCCCGUCCCGCCCGGGACCGCCCAGCCUGGCGGGGCCGUCGCCCCGCCCGUCCCCGGGACGCCAGGGGGCCCGUCCCGCCUCCGCCCAGUCCCGGGACGCCAGGCGGGCCGGUCGCCCGCCCGUCCCGGGACGGCCUGGUCCGGGCCCGUCCCGGCGGGCCGUCCCGGGCCCGCUGCCCGGGCCGUCGCCCGCCCGUCCCGGGACGCCUUGGGGGCCCGUCGCCCACCCGCCCGUCCCGGGACGCCUGGCGGGCCCGUCGCCCCGCCCGUUCCCCGGGACGCCCUGGCCCGGGCCGCCGGCCCGGGCCCGUACCCGGGGACGGGCCUUGGCCCGGGCCCGUUCGCACGGGCCCCGUCCCGUGCCCAGCCUGGGGGCGACGGCCGCCCGUCCCGGGAGCCUGGCGGGCCGUCCCGCCCCCCGUCCCGGGACGCUCGCCCGCCCGUCGCCAACCCCGCCCGUCCGGGACGCCUGGCGGGGGCCGUCGCCCGCCCGUCCCGGACGCCGGCGGCCGUCGCCCACCGCCCCGUCCCGGGACGCAGGCGGGCCGUCGCCUCCCUCCCGUCCCGGGACGCCCCUGGCGGGCCGUCGCCCGCCCGUCCGGGACGCCUCCUGGCGGCCGUGCCGCCCGUCCCGGGACGCCCCUGGAGGGCCGCCCGCCAGGCGUCCCGGGACGCCUGGCGGGCCGUCUCGCCCCCGCCCGUCCCGGGACGCCAGUCCCGGGAGCCUGGCGGGCCGUUCGCUCCGCCGUCCCGGGACGCCUGGCGGGCCGUCGGCCAUCCCGGCCCGUUCCCGGGACGCCCCCUGGCGGGCCGUCGCCGCCCGUACGGGACGCCUGGCGGGCCGUUCGCCCGCCCCGUCCCGGGACCCGGGCCUAGGCGGGCCGUCGCCCCGGCCCGGGUCCGGUACGCCAGGCGGGCCCCCCGUCGCAACAGCCCGUCCGGGGACGGCCAGGCGGGCCGUCCCGGCCCAGGGCCGUCCCGGGACGCCAGGCGGGCAGUCCCCGCCCGCCCUCCCGGGACGCCAGGCGGGCCGUCGCCCCGCCCGUCCCGGGAACGCCUGGCGGGCCGUCGGGGCCCGGCCAGUCACGGGCAGGGCCUGGCCUGGCGGGCCCGUCGCCCCCCGCCCAGUCCCGGGAACGCCUGGCGGGACCGUCGGCCCGGGCCCGUCCCGGGACGCCUGGCCCGGGACCCGUCGCCCGCCCCGGUCCCGGGACGCCCUGGCGGGCCCAGUCGGCACCCGCCCGUCACCCCGAGGGACGCCGGCCAGGGCCGUCGGCCUCACGGCCCGUCCCGGGACGCCUGGCUUGGCCGUCGCCCGCCCGUCCCGGGGACGCUGGCGGGCCGUCGGCCCGGGACCGUCCCGGGCCGCCCUGGCGGGCCGUCUCCCGCCCGUCCGGGACGCCUGGCGGGCCGUCGCCCGCCAGUCCCCGGGACGGCCUGGCUGGGCCGCGGCCCCGCCCGUCCCGGGACGGCCUGGCGGGCCGUCGGGCCACCGGGCCCGUCACCGGGACCCGCAUGGCGGGCCGUCGGCCACCGCCCGUCCCGGGACGCCUGGCGGGCCGUCGCCCGCCCGUCCCGGGGACGGCCAGGAGGGCCGUCGCCCGCCCGUCCCGGGAACGCCUGGCGGGCCGUCGCCGCCCGUCCCGCCGGAAGCCUGGCGGGCCGUCGCCCGCCCGUCCCCGGGACGCCUGGCGGGCCGUCGCCCGCCUCCCGUUCCCGGACCCCCGGGCAUGGCGGGCCGUCCGCCCCGCCCGUCCGGGACGCCUGGCGGGCCGUCGCACCCGCCCGUCCCGGGACGCCUGGCGGGGCCGUCGCCGCCUGGGGGGACUCCGUCCCGGACGCCUGGCCCGGGCCCGUUCGCCCGCCCGUCGGGACGCCUGGCGGGCCGUCGCACCGCCAGUCCCGGGACGCCGAGGCGGGCCGUCGCCCGCCCCGUCCCGGGUACCCGGGCCAGGCGGGGCGCCGUCGCCCGCCCGUCCCGGGACGCCAGGCGGGCCGUCGGCCCGGGCCCGUCCGGGACGCCAGGCGGGCCGUCCCGGCCGCCCGUUCACCCGGGAGCCUGGCGGGCCGUCGCCCCCCGCCCGUCCCGGGAGCCUGGGCGGGGCCGUCGCCCUUCCCGCCCGUUUCAGGGACGCCCUGGCGGGACGUCGCCCGCCCGUCCCGAGGAAGCCUGGCGGGCCGUCGCCCGCCCGUCCCGGGACCCGCCCUUGGCGGGCCCGGUUCGCCCGCCCGGCCCGGGAGCCUGGCGGGCCGUCGCCCGCCCGUCCCGGGACGGCCUGGCUGGCCGUCGCCCGGCCCGUCCCGGGACCCGGGACUGGCGGGCCGUCGCCCGCCCGUCCCGGACGGCCUGGCGGGCCGUCGGGCCCGCCCGUCCCGGGACGCCUGGCGGGCCGUCGCCCGGGCACGUCCCGGGCGCCUGGGGGCCGUCGCCCCGCCCGUAACCGGGACGCUGGGGGCGUUCGCCGCCCGGUCCCGGGACCGCCCUGGCGGGCCGUCGCACCCGCCCGUCCCCAGGGAGCCCUGGCGCCGUCGCUUCCGCCACGUCCCGGGACGGGCCCCCCCCAGGCGGGCCCGUCGCCCCCGCCCGUCCCGGGACCCGCCUGGCGGGACCCGGGUAGCCCGCCCGUCCCGGGACGCCUGGCGGGCCGUCCGCCCAGCCCGUCCCGGGACGCCUGGCGGGCCGUCGCCCGCCCGUCCCGGGACCCUGGCGGGCCGUCGCCCCGGGCCCGGGUCCCGGGACGCUGGCGGGCCUCCCGCACUUUCCCGCCGUCCCGGGACGCCUGGCGGGGCCGGUCGCCCCGGGUCCGUCCGGGACGCUGGGGGCCGGUCGCCCGGCCCGUUCCCGGGCCGCCCCGGCGGGCCCCGUCGCCCGCCCCGUCCCGGGACGCCAGGCCGGGGCCGUCGCCCGCCCGUCCCGGGACGCCAGGCGGGCCUGUCGCCCCGCCGUUCCCGGGACGCCAGGCGGGCCGUCGGCCCCCGGGCCCGUUUUUCCCGGGAAGCCAGGCGGGCCGUCGCCCGCCCGUCCCGGGGACGCCUGGCGGGCCGUCGCCCGCCCCGUUUCCCGGGACCCGGGCCAGGCGCGGCCGUCGCCCCCGCCCGUCCGGGACGCUGGGCCGGGCCGUCCGCACGCCCCGUCCCGGGACGCCCUGGCCGGGCCGUUCGCCCGGCCCGUCCAGGGACGCCUCCUGGCCGGGGACGUCGCCCGGCCCGUCCCGGAGCCUUGGCGGGCCGUUCGCCGGCCCGCCCGGGACGCCUGGCGGGCCGUCGCACCUGCCCGUUCCCGGGACGCCUGGCGGGCCCGUCGCCCGCCCGUCCCGGGACGCCUGGCUGGCCGUCGCCCGGCCCGGGUUCCCGGGACGCCUGGCGGGGCCCCCCGUCCCGGGCACGCCCGUCCCGGGAGCCUGGCGGGCCGCGCCCGCCCGGUUCCCGGGACCGCCUGCGGGGCCGAGCUCCCGCCCGUCCCGGGACGCCUGCGGGCCGUCGCCCGGGCCCGUCCCGGGACCCGCCUGGCGGCCGUCGCCCGCCCGGUCCCGGGACGCCUGGCGGGGCGUCGCCCGGGCCCGUUCCCGGGACGCCUGGCCCGGGCCCGUCCCGGGCAUCCCGCCCGUCCCGGGGACUGCUGCGGGCCGUCGCCCGCCACGGUUCCCGGGCACCGCCUGGCGGGCCGUCCCGCCCGCCCGUUUUCCCGGACCCGGGCCAAAGGCGGGCCGUCGCCCCGCCCGUCCGGGACCGAAUGGCGGCGGCCGUCCGACCCGCACGUUCCCGGGGAGCCUGGCGGGCCGUCGCCCGCCCCGUCCCGGGACGCCUGGCGGGCCGUGGGUCCCGCCCGGCCCGUCCGGGGCGCAUGGCCGGGCCGUCCGCCACCCGCCCAGUCCCGGGACGCCUGGCGGGCCGUCGCCGGCCCGGUCCCGGGACGCCGGCGGGCCGUCGCCGGCCCGUCCCCCGGGGGGGGGGACGCCCUGGGCGGCCGCGCAGGGGCCCGUCCCGGGACGCCUGGCCCGGGCCCGUCGCCCCCCGCCCGUCCCGGGACGCCGGCGGGCCGUCGGCCCGGCCCGUCCCGGGGACGCCUGGCGGGCGUCGCUCCCGCCCGUCCCGGGACGCUGGGGGCCGUUCGCCCGCCCGUCCCGGGACGGCCUGGGCGGGCCGUCGCCCGCCCGUUCCCGGGACCCGUGGCGGGCUUUGCCCUGCCCUCCCUAUAGAGAGUAACACCUCUGCUUAA